GUGAUGCAUUUCAUUUGAACAUCGACGACACAAAUAACUAUGGAUGGGGAAAGCACAAAAGAAGCAGAAAUGGUUGCAGUGUCUGAAAGGAGGUCUGGGAAAGGAGGCAUUGAAGUUUAUGAGUUUGAGUACAAAAUUGAUAGCAGUAGGGGAGGGAUGAAGAGGAUAUUUGCUGCUGCUUUCGUCUCAUCAAACAAACUCUAUCUUUUGAAUAUAGCUCAUUCCGAUGGAUUAGAAAAUCCACUGGCCCCGGAAAGACGAAAUUCUUUGCUAGAGGUUCUUCAUUCCUUUGACAUGGAUCAACAUCAGUAUGCAUCCUAGUGCACCCCCCUCCCAAAUAGUCCAUUUUUCUGGCCUAGGGCUCCCAAUUUUUUUUAAACAUAUACGGAGGAAGCAUAUUAGUAAUUACUCCGUUUUAAUGCAUGCCAAAGAUUCAAGAUUCAAAAAGCCCAAUCUUGUUCAAGUU